AUGAGAUUAUGUGAUCAUGAUGAACGUUUUCGAAUACCAAAACCACCAUCUGCACCUCCACCUCCAUCUUUACCACAACUAUCGCAAAUAACAUUAUCAUCAAUAUCAUCUACCAAUGAAAAUAUCUAUGCACAAUCAUUUUCAUCUAUUUUUAUUCUUACUCCUCCAUUACCAAAUGAACCAAAUAAAAUUUUUGAUGAUGAAAAUUAUAAUGAUCGUUAUAAUAAAUUAGUUGAACAAUUAAAAGAACAAUAUCGACAAAAAGAAAUAUUAUUAUCAAAUUCACUUAUAACAACAAAAGCGGAAUCAAUUAUUCCUUCUGAAGAAACUAUUCUUAAAACAUGUUUAGGAAAAUUUGAAUCAUUAUCAUCAUCAUCACCAUCAAGUGAACAUAGUUCAAUUGUUGAUGAUAAUCAUUCAUUAAAUAUAAAUAAUAAUAAUAAUGAUUUACAAAAAGAAAACAAUACUAAUCUAACUUCGAUCGAAGAUGAUUCAACUCGAUCACGUGAUGAAUUUGUUAAAUUAUUAACAAAACAAGCUUAUAUAUCAAAAUCAUCUAGUCCAGUUAAAAUUCAAAAUAAUCGAAAACGUUCAUAUGAUUAUCAUCAUCAUCAACGAAGACGAUCACAUAAUGAUAAUCAUGAAAAGAAAAAUUCAUCAUCAUCAUAUCGUUCAAAUUAUCAUCAACUAAUAUUAGUGUCAAAUUGUGCACAUGAAAAUCAAGAUAAUAAACAAAAUAUAGAUAAUCAAAUUGAUCAACAAGAAGAAGUAGAAGACGAAGAACCAACAGUUAAACGUAUUAAAGUUGAUCAUUCAAUUUCACCAUCAUCAUCAUCAGAUAGAACUAAUCAAGAUGAAAAUCUCAAUAAAAAAGAUUUAAGUCUUAAAUCUAUAGUUACUAUUCCAACAAUCACUAAUAUACGUCAUAAAAGAUUUAAUUAUACUCAUGAAUCAGUUGGUAAUCAUCCACGUUGUGCAAAUCCAAAUUCAUUACCACCAAUGCCAUUGAUGAAUUUUAAUUAUCCAAAAUCACCAAUACAUCGUCAUAAACAAAAAUCUACUAAUCAUUCUGAAUCAACAACAAUAAAUUAUUCGAAUUGUUUUGAUUCAAAGCCAUCACAUGCAAUUGAACGUUUACAAAUAAUUCUUCAAAAUAAAACAAAUGAUAAACCAUUUGAACAAUCCCAUAUGAGUUAUUCAGUAAAUGAAACAGUUAAAUAUUCAUCUUCAUCAAUGAAUAAUGAUAAUUCUCAACGAUCAUCAUCAUUUUCUGGAAAAUCAAAACCUGAUACAAUUGUGCAUAAUAAUAAUCAAAUAUUUACUUAUCAUAAAACUGAAAAAUUAUUAAAUAUGGUACAAUGA